ACCAGAGCCGCACUUCAGAGCCGCACACAGAGCCGCACAUCCUCCGCCAGCCCACACCUCCCUGCUCCUCCUGCGGCCACGCACACAGCCCAGCCCCGCUCUCCCUCUGCCCGCGGAGCUAUGGCGGCUAAAGCCCGAAAACACACCGGGGGAAGGAGCGCUGUGAGUCCGGCGGAGCGCGACAAGAGCCCACUGCUGCUUUCUUCGCCAUCUUCCGGGAAAAGUAACGCGAGGCGAGCGGGCAGGGAGGGCAAAGCGUUCCCCGGCGGCUCUCACGCAAACGGACUCCCGGGCUCCAGGCACAGGCUAACCCCGUCUGCAGCCGUUAAGCUCGGGCUCGUGCUGUUUCUGGCUGCCCUGGUGGGAUAUCUUCAUUGGUACCAUCUUUUCCAACUGUUUGAAAAUGACAGGCACUUCUCUCACUUGUCUACCCUCGAGAAGGAGAUGGCCUUCCGUACAGAAAUGGGCCUGUACUAUUCCUACUACAAGACCAUUAUAGAAGCACCCUCCUUCCUGGAGGGCCUGCAGAUGAUCAUGAAUGACCGGCUGACCGAGUAUCCCCUGGUUAUCAACACACUGCAGAGGUUCAAUCUGUAUCCAGAGGUGGUCCUCUCCAGCUGGUACCGCAUCUACACCAGUGUCAUGGGCUACUUUGGGAUCCCCACCAAGAUGUGCUGGAACAUCAACCGGGGAGAGGGGCUGACGCCGGUGGAGAGCUGUGAAGGAAUGGGUGACCCAGCGUACUUCUAUGUGACGAUUGUAUUUGCACUCAAUGGACUGAUGAUGAGUCUCUUCUUCAUUUACGGAGCCUAUCUGAGCGGCAGUCGUCUUGGCGGCGUUGUUACAUCUUUGUGCUUUUUCUUCAAUCACGGAGAAAGCACUCGAGUGAUGUGGACUCCACCUCUCAGAGAAAGUUUUGCAUACCCCUUUCUUGUUCUGCAAAUGCUGCUCUUAACGUACAUUCUACGGUCGAGGACUCCCAGCAGAAUGAGCUUUGUGGCUCUGGGCGUGUCUAACCUGUGCUUCAUGUUGCCUUGGCAGUUUGCACAGUUUGUCUUACUCACCCAGGUGGCAUCUCUCUUUGCAUCUUAUAUCCUGGGUUAUCUUGUUGCAAGCAAAAUGCAGUCCAUCCUCGUCACUCAUAUGAUAACACUGGCUGUAUGCUUCAUCCUGAUGUUUGGCAACUCCAUGCUCCUGACAUCCUUCUACGCCUCCUCUCUCGUCUCCAUUUGGGUCAUCAUUGCUCUCAAAGACCGCUUUGCGCAGCUCUUCAAACCAGGCAUCAUAAUCUGGCUGAUGCAGGGCUUGGCUUGGGUUGGCUCCACGGUUUUACUCAAAUUCAUGCUGUCCACGAUACUGGGGGCUUCUGAUGAUGCUCAUAUCAGCGCUUUAAUCAAGUCCAAGUUCACCAGCUACAAAGACUUCCACACCAUGAUGUACACAUGUGCCGCUGAGUUUGACUUCAUAGAGGUUGAGACUCCCAUUCGCUAUCUCAAAACACUGCUGCUGCCUAUCAAUGUGCUGGUGGUAGCUGUGAUUGUUUGGAAGACAAUCCAGGAUAUAGUCCGGGUCCUCAGAGAUGGAGCCAAAACAGACGUCUCUGAAGAAACAGGGUCUGACAUAGCAGCAAGAGGAGAGCUGGUAUACCACAGUCUGCAGCUUGGGGCCUUCACUGUUUUGGCUCUGCUCAUCAUGAGGCUGAAGCUCUUCCUCACUCCUCAUAUGUGCAUCAUGGCCUCUCUCCUCUGCUCCAAACAGUUGUUUGGCUGGUUCGGGGAGCGGUCCAAGCAGCAGAUGGCAGUGUUUUGUGUGGUGGCUCUCAUGGCUGUGCAGGGAGUGUCCAACCUGCAGGCUCAGUGGGGCAUCAUUGGAGAGUUCAGUAACAUGCCCCAGGAAGAGCUGCUCGACUGGAUCCAAGACAACACGCAUCACAAUGCUGUGUUUGCUGGAGCGAUGCCCACCAUGGCCAGUGUGAAGCUCUCUACCAACAGGCCCAUUGUCAACCACCCACACUAUGAAGAUGCUGGACUCAGAGAGAGGACCAAGCUGGUGUACUCAAUGUACAGUCGCAUGUCUGGAGAGACAGUGAAGAGGAAUCUGAUGAAGCUCCGAGUGGACUACUUUGUCCUGGAGGACUCGUGGUGCACCAGGAGGACCCGGCCCGGGUGCAGCAUGCCUGAGAUCUGGGACAUCGAGGACACAGAGAACGUGGGUAAAGUCCCCCUGUGCACCCAGCUGUCCAGAAACUCUCACCCACACUUCAGCACAGUGUUUGCCAACGAGGUGUACAAAGUGCUCAAAGUGCCCCGAGCCAGUAGACAGGACAGAUAACAACCACCCACACCCCACAUGGACUCUACACCAGCAACGCAUCUCUGCUUUAGCACAAUACCGCUGCUUUCACAUCCACAUUUUGUCAUUUCGACCGUGUGUAAUGGUUGCUGGUAGAUAUUUUUGUGUACAGGCAUAUUAAAGGGCCCAUAUUAUACUACUUUCUGAUCUAUGUUAUAAUGUUGUUUUCUCAUCAAAGACUUAUUUGAUGAGAAAGAAGACUUCUUCUCUAAAAUGGAACACUGGUAAUACAGGAAGUGCUAUAUUAUGUUUUUAAAGUCCAUACACCUUCACUAAGAAUCAUUUGGUUUGGCCUUUAGCUUCCGCACAAACCUCAGUGUUGCUGUCUAAUUGGUGUGCUAACCAAUCGAGCCCUAUCGCACCUGCGAGGGCACACCAAGAUGGAUUCUUAUGAGUUUGUCUCACAACUCACAAAUAUUGCAAGAAUCCAUCUACUGCUUCAAGAAAUCAAAAGCUGGGUAAGGGUCAAUGUAGAGACUAAUAAAGCUUUACUGAAACAUGUUAGAAUGAAACAAAACACAACUCCAGGUAUGUUUUUGAGGCGAUAACAACAUUCUAACAUGACUUAAAGCUCAUAAGUCAAUUUUGUGUAAUAUAGGCCCUUUAACGACAGUAGCAGAUUAUGGAAUGCAAAUUUAGAUGCAAGACAAAAGCUGUGUCUCUGUGCCAAUAAUUGCUUAUCUGAAAUGUUCCAAACAGUUUGCACAUUGUAUUGGAUAGUUAGACCUUUUUAACUGCAUAACUACAUAAAACAUGGGAUUACUUGGUUGUAAAUUGAACUCACCAUAAGCGUUACAGUACAGCCUAAUUUUUCCCAUUUGUCUUAAUUUCUUGGAAUAUUGGCCUAGUGAAAUAGCUGACACAAAGUCACAGUGUGCUUAGCCAUUUAAUGUUAUAUGCGUAUAGGACCAAACAGUGGUGUCUACAUACUGUGAAGCAAUACUUGUAAAAUGCCUCCAUGUAUUGAACGCACAUUGCGGCUCUCUGAGAAGAUUGUCACGAGUUUACUAUUUUAUUAUAAUUUAUUUCUGUCAGUAUUUUUUAUCACGGACCCUGUCAAAUAUUGUGCUUUUGGAAAUUGGAGUGCAAGGGUAUGUGUAAUGUUGAAAACAUUUUAAAAUCACCAAAUGGAUGUAUUUAAAACGUGUGUAUGUGUGUAUGUAAAUACCUGCAUUUUUAGAUUGUACAAGUGAUAUUUUUCCAUUGUCUUUGCCAAAGGAUGUCAUUUGAAGCUGCCUAAUUAACUGUGCUAAAUGUCAUUGUUGUUACAUCUUUACACAGUACAUAGUUUUCAUUGGAUUACUGUUCCAUAUACCCUGGGUUUGUCUUCCUUUUGUGGUAAAGGUUUUAUAACAUACUGUUACAACCAAGACCGAAAUCAUGUUCCAAAAAUAUCUUCUAUAUCUGACCACUGAUCCACAAGUAAAUGCUGUGGACAUUAGCCAACUGUUGCUAUGCUUGCUAGACCAGCUGAAAUUCAAGAUUCAGUACCAUAACACACCUUAAGUAACACAUUUUCUAUAACAUUUUUCCAGCUUCUCAGUGGUAUGUUUAUAUAAUUGUAUCAUCAUUGUAUUUUUUGCCCUUUCCUGCUAUAGUCCCACUGCAAUAGGGACAAUAGAGACACAUGUUGUUUUCACUUAUGGACAUGAGCUAUUCUAUACCAAAUGGUUUAUGUAACCAUAUCAUAGUGGGUCUUGUUUGAGUAGCUUCUUGUCAAGUCCCUGCAGAUUAGUUUACAUUUGUAUUGAAUUCUGCACUAUUUUCUACCCUCUCACUGACGACAUACACUCAGACGGCCAACAUUGGUAAAACAAUCUAGUAACUAGUAACUACUUCACACAAGCAUAUUUUGCUUUCAUAACUUCUGUGGACUUCUGUUAAAUUUGAAACCUUUUCUAUAAACCUCUACAGACUUUUAUUUGUUCAAAUUUUUCACAGCUCAUAUUGGAUAACAUGUCAGAGUUUGUGAUUGGCAGUUAACUGUGGUGCAUUUGUCAGUAUUGAACUGUUGUACAUAUAGGCUAUGUGGACUGAAAUGUUUUCCAUAUUUUGGAGCUCUUGUUAUUGGUACUACUUUAACAUGCUACUGUCACUGUGUGAAUAUAGGCGGCUGGAACAAAUUAUGUGAACUCUGUCAUUUCCUAACUGUUUUAUGUGUCUUUUAUAUCUGAUUUUAUAAAGAAAUAAAGACAUUGUGAGGAC